CAUAACAUGGAGCAAAUUAAGCCACUUUUCCCCACUAUAAGUUCUCACUUGCUCCUCUCCAAAUUCCCACCCUUUUCUUCCUCUCAUUUCCCAAAAAUCCAUAUGUCAUAAAUUCCAAAAGUUUUGUGAUUGAUUGAAGAAAUGGAGAUAGAGUUGGCAAAGUGUGAGUGUUGUGGUCUAAAAGAAGAUUGCACACAAGAAUACAUUAGUCAAGUGAAGGAAAAUUUUGAUGGGAAAUGGCUAUGUGGACUGUGUUCAGAAGCAGUUAGAGAUGAAGUGAACAGAGGAAAAAAGCAGCAAUUUCUUUGCAUGGAAGAAGCAGUGAAGGCACAUAUGUCAUUUUGUAGAAAAUAUAAGUCAAAUCCAGCAAUUAAAGUAGCUGAUGGGAUGAGGCAGAUGCUAAGGAGAAGGUCUGAUUUGACAUCAUCAUCAUCAUCUCCAAAUUCCAACAAGUAUUCAAGAUCAGCAAGUUCAUCUCAAGUAGGAGAUGCAUUCUCUUUCUCCUAUUAUUAGUUACUUCAACUUUUGGUGGAAAAAUAAAAAGGUCUAACAACAACAAGUCUUUUUCAUUGGAGAAAUCUUUCUUGAUCUUGUAGGCGGAUUUAGGGGCGCAAGGGUGUUCACCCGAACCCUCUUCGUCGAAAAAUUAAUUGUAUAUAUAAGGCAAAAUCUGAUUUUUACCUUUAAGUAUUAUGUUUUGAAUCCCCUUCACACAUCCCAAAAGCAUGGCUUAGUAGUCAAGGGGGUUAUGAGGUCAUUGGUUCAAAUAGUUUAAUUAUUUUUCUGUCUUUUAUUUUUUA